GUCAGUAUAGUUCAGUGUGUUUGUUUUUUUUUUUUAUUCAUGAUUCAAUAGCGGCUGCUUGAAAUUUGCGGAAGAACGUAGCAUACGCAUGUGGUCGAGAUGAAUGUCACGCACGUUGAUAUUUUCGGCGAGCUGAAACACGCGGGGAAAUUAUGGUACCUCGUAAAUCCAUACGAAACGAUGUUUGAAUUUCCGUACGACGUUCCUGAUUAUCAGCAACAGGUAUGGUUUCCGUUCUUCGUCCUCAUAAUACUGGAGCAAAUUAUAUUGACGAGAAAGAAACAGAGCUUUCGUUUCAACGAUCAAGUGACGUCUUUGUCUCAUUGGAUAUUUCAAGAAACUGGCCGUAUCUUCUUCCGCGGCGCUGAAUAUUAUGCAUACAUCGUAAUUUACGAGAAAUAUCAUUGGUGGAAUCUGCCCUGGAACUCAGCGUGGACUUGGUAUAUCACUGCUGUCGGGGUGGAUUUUUGUUACUAUUGGGUUCACCGCAGUAACCACGAGGUACACUUUUUAUGGGCUCACCACCAAGUACAUCAUAGUAGCGAGGAGUUCACUCUCGCGGUUGGUCUGCGGCAAUCCAUUCUGCAACACUGGUGUAACUUCAUGUUUUAUUUGCCACUCGCCUUAUUCAUAUCCCCCUCGCAUUUCAUUGCGCACAAUCAAUUCAAUUUAAUUUACCAAUUAUGGAUCCACACGACCGUUAUCGACGAUCUUGGACCGUUGGAAUUAAUAUUUAAUACUCCGAAACAUCAUCGUGUGCAUCACGGUUGCAAUCUCUAUUGCCUGGAUAAGAAUUAUGGCGGCGUUCUUAUCAUAUGGGACAAGUUAUUUGGAACGUUCAUGGAGGAGGAGAAGAAUAGUAAAAUAAUUUACGGUCUGGUCGUCAGUCCUCAAUCUUUCAAUCCGUUGUAUUUACAGAUAUUUUAUGUUUACCAAUUGAUUCGAAAGAGUUUACAGAUGUCCUCCAUAACAGACAAAUGGGCUGUUUUUUGGAAAGGCCCAAGUUGGUUUCCAGGCGCCCCUCGUUUGGGCCUCGACGACUACAAAAUAAACGUCACACACAGGAUUAAGUACGAUAACUGUGUGUCUGUAUGGCAUAUCGUUUACAUAACUGUACACUUCUGCCUAGUUUUCUACAAUCACCUUCAAUUAUAUGAUGAAACACAAGAUUUAAAGACUGUAUCUUCUGGAUUCGUAAUUAUUAAUAAUAUGUUUGCUCUUACCACGAUCGGAUUGUUAUUCGACAAAUCGAAGUACGCCGGUGCCGCAGAAUUUAUUCGUUGCUUGAUUUAUUUAAGUUUCUCAAUGGUAUACAAUUCGAUAAAUAUAUGCACGUAUUAUGUAUAUAUCGCAUCUUGUUGCGUUUGGAUUAUAUAUUUUCUUUGUAAAGUUAAAUGUUAGAAACGGAAAGGUGUCGUAGAAAAACAGAUAUAAUUGUUUGUUAGCUGAUGUAGUUUUCCAAGCAUGCUGUGUGCCGCUGCGUUUCGAUUUUAUAUUUUCCUUGCAAAGUAAAAUCGAAAAUCGAACGUUAUACGUAUGAAACUGUGUUAAAAAAAAGCUGAUUUCAUUUUAUAAUACUUGUAGGAAUGAUCCUAUAAACUAUACGUUAUUAUACAAUGAAUCAUAAAUUAUUUAAUAACAUUACAUAUUUGCUACAAUUGAUCAGUAUUAAAAAA